AUGUCCGAGUCAACACCACGCAAGCGCUCAAAAUUAGCCUGCGCUCUAUGUCAGUCGCGCAAGCGCAAAUGUUCCGGUGGUCAGCCCUGUAGCACUUGCGCUCAAACAGGCGCAGAAUGCCAAUACACUGCGCGCAAGAAACGCGCCAGAUCCCAAAGUCUUUACCGAGCGAAUUUAUCCCUAGAUGAUACAAAUGGCGGGUUCAACGCAGUCACGAAUCCUAUCGCAGAGAGCGCUGCGAUACAGGCCUCACCCCGCCCUGUGGGAAGUUCGGAGGGAGCAACCCAUUCCCUACAAGCUAAUUCUGGAGCCACAUUUGUUCGCAAACUCGGAUUGAAUAUUGACCCGGCGCACGCACCACGAUUGCAGUUAUUUGCCUGGAACGUCGGCGAGAGGCGACUAUCGCCAACUCUAUCAUCGGCGCUUCCAUCAAUGCCUGUCAUGGAGGCGACACCCGCGACUAUCACCAAAAUCAUCUCGCAGGAAGAGAUGCGGCGAUUAGCAGCGAUUUACUUUGAGAAGGUCGAUCCAUGCUAUACAUUCUUGGAUCGCAAGAUGAUCUUCCUUCGAAUCGCAACUCGUUGGGAAACUUCGCCAUCUCCUAUUGACUCCGUAGAAUAUCCCUACGAUGCUGUACUAUGCGGCGUUGCUGCCUUCGGAUAUCUUUUUUCGCGGCGCGAGGUUAUACCUCAAGAACUCCGCCUAAUUGAAACGGCGCGCAUUCUUCUGGAUAAAAGCACCCUCGCAGCGGAAAUGCCAUCCGUCGACAUAGUCACAGGCUGGGUGUUGCGUGCUGCGUAUCUACGGAUGACGGCCUCACCACAUGCUGCAUGGAUGGCUAGCUGCACACUGAUGCAUCUCAUCGAAGCCGCAGGAUUACACCUGGAAAUCUCAGACCCAGAAGCAGCAGGUCUGCUCCCAACCUCACCAGAGACGCGUGUCAGCCAAGAUGGUUCCGAUAUAGAAACUCAGAUCACCAACGACCCCGAAACCCGACGAAGACUCUUCGGCAUGGCCCGACACCUCAACACAUGGAUCUCCUUUGAUCUCGGCCGGUCCCGCGUUGUCCUCCACGGCGCCACAGCUCUCGCACCUUCAAGCACACCCCCAUCCCGCAACCCAACUCAAGCACCACCCCGAGCCCCACGCGCAGACAUCUUUCACCUUCUCCCACUUUCAGAAAGCCUCGACCCCACAGGCCCCUCGCUACAAGAUCUCCCAGAACUCGAAGUCGCCCUCACCUCCGUCUUAGAUCUUCUCUACUCCGAACCCUCGCUCGUCCUCGUCCAAUGCAACCUAAUGCUAUGCAUUUACCGCCGCCUCCGUGCUCUAAAUCCAUACGGCCCAUUAUCAUCCAAUCUUCUCGAGCGCGUGCUCGCAAUGGCUGGCCGUGGACUCCGCGCCGCAAGAGGGAUGGUCGCCUCCUCCUGUCCCUGGCACCAAGUUGCCAACGUCCCCUUCCAGGUCGUCUGCUCCCUGUUAGCAAUCGAUAACCAGGCUGCGCUAGCCCUGCUCGCCGAUGCAAUGCGAACGCUGCGGGAAGUUCACGCAGCCUAUGAUACCCCUUCUAUGCGCGAAGCGUACUCAACGGCAUACUUGCUUAUCGCGUUACAUCAGCGGCGGAAGGAGGAUGAUACCCGUGCUCUUGCUGAGGUUUUACGAGCGAAUGCUGCCGCUGCAGCGCCAGCGUCGGCACCAGUGCCGGAUCUGAAGGACACUUUGGGAACGCCUUCUGCGUUGGAUCAACAUCGGGGCCAGAGCCAGGUGCAGGCUGCGCCAUUGGCGCAGGUCUCAGAUGCGGAGUUUUCGUGGUUGGGGGAUUUGAUGAUUGAUAUGCCCAGUCUGCAGAACUUCGAUCUGGACCAGUUUCUUAUGACGGAUGUUCCAUGGCCUUUACCGGAGAUGGGAAUAUGA